ACAAAGGUUUUGAUUCCCUGCUUCCAAUGCUUUUAACAAAGUAGCAAACCAUAUCUCCAAAAACGCACAUUCUCUCACUCUCUCUCUCUCUCUCUCUCUCUGAAACCUGAAUAAUAUAUUGCAGUUGUUAGCAUCUUGAGACUUGACUCUUCUUAAAUCUCUGAUUCUGACCAAGGUACCAUGAACUUCCUGGCGCUGUUGCUAAUGGCGAUCCCUAGUCCAGUUCAUGUCGUUCUUGUUGUUACUCUGUUGAGCACUUUGGCACCGACAAGUGCAAAUGUGGAAGGGGAUGCUUUGUAUGCUUUGAGGAGAGCUGCGAAGGACCCGGAAAACGUGCUGGAGAGUUGGGAUCCAACAUUGGUGGAUCCUUGUACUUGGUUUCAUGUUACCUGCGAUGGUGAUAAUCGAGUUACACGUCUAGACCUUGGAAAUGCAAAGCUGUCGGGCAGUUUAGUACCCGAGUUGGGAAAGCUGGAGCGUCUUCAAUAUCUGGAACUGUACAUGAACAACUUGGUGGGUUCCAUACCAGAGGAAGUUGGAGGACUCAAAAGCCUAGUGAGCUUGGAUCUCUACCACAACAACCUUACUGGGUCCAUCCCUGCUUCACUUUCCAAGCUCUCUAAUCUAAAGUUCCUGCGACUGAAUAGUAACAGACUGAGUGGAAGAAUACCAAGACAACUUACAAAACUUGGAAAUCUAAAGAUCCUUGACGUAUCCAACAACGAUUUGUGCGGCACCAUCCCUACCUCCGGCUCCUUCACUAGGUUGUCAGAGGAAAGUUUCACGAACAACUCGAGACUGGAAGGACCAGAGCUGAUGGGAUUUGUGAGAUACGAUACAGGAGGGUGCAAAUGAUGCCCAGCAAUGACUCUUUUUGCCAGUUCCAUAUAUUGUCUCUUUAUAUGGAAGGGUUGUGUUAUAUACUAGUUAUUGCUUGGCACGUAAUAGCAGUAAAGACUACUUGUAGCAAGUAGUCGUCAUCUUUAGGAGUCAAGCCUAAGCCAAUUGUAUCUCCUUUUGCUUGCUGCAAUAUGGAGUUGUUCAUCCACUCUGCAUCUACUCCUUUGGAUUUAUCAUUUUAUACUAUCAGACAGUAAGUAUUCGUCACAUUCAUCCGCAUAGGAAAAAAGAGCUGAAACAUUCUAAUUGCUUUCUUAUCCACAGCACAAUCAUACUUUUCAAUGUGCUUGGGCACAAAUUGCAGUGACAGAUGUUGAGAAUCACCAUCCCCUUACAGAAACUAAUAAAUGUUGUAGAGCUUCAUAAAUCCGGCAGAAGAUCUUCUGGAGCUCAGCAUUGGACAAGGUUUUCUCUCUACCCUUCCAACUUAUCCAAUGCCCCUAACUGAAAAUACUAACGCGAUUCAAUUGUCCUAUAUCAAUAUUUGGACUAUAACUCGUAACCUGCAGGUUAAAAUUAGGGAGACCUUCCCCAUUAGCGAAUGCAAAUGAAAGAGAAAGGUAUAAAAUUCAAAAUUACUCAUUCAACAGUGCUGACCUGCUUUUGAUUUUCAUUCUAAAACCGCAAGGGAACUCAACUCAUCGGAAUCAAUAACAGUAAUAACAUUUUGUGCAUAUAUAUAGGUGUGCAGUGAUUAGGUUUUGUUUGGUGGUAUCAACUUUCACUAUCUACGUUUUACUACAAUGUACAUAACAAGCUUUGUUAUAAUACAAAGGAAAGAGCAAAAUGGAAAAAGGAAACUCAUUAGUUAAACGGGAGAAAGUAACUAAAAAGUUACAUCCAUCCAGGCAAGAUAAAUGUACAUUCAAUCAGAGGCAUAUUUUCAAAAGCCUGUUAAAGUCAAACCUUUAGAAAAUAAAAUAUUCAAACUAAAUGUGUCCCAAUUCAAUCAUUACCUAUUGCAUUAACUAAUUUGAAACCAAAAGAAACCUUAUUUGUCCCGCAAUGGCAGUAUUCCAGAUUUAA